UUCAGAUUGGAAAGAUAUUUAAAGCUUUAGAGGUUAGCAAAAAGAUGAAGUCUGCUGGCAUAAGUCACAACAUGAAGACCUACUCCAUGUUGAUCAAUGGGUUCAUAAAGUUAAAAGAUUGGGCAAAUGCUUUUGCAAUUUUUGAAGAUGUGAUCAAGGAUGGUUUGAAGCCUGAUGUGGUUCUGUAUAACAACAUUGUUACAGCAUUUUGUGGAAUGGGUAACAUGGAUCGAGCCAUUCAUAUUGUUAAGGAAAUGCAGAAGGAGAGACAUAAGCCGACCUCACGUACAUUUAUGCCCAUAAUACAUGGUUUUGCCAGAUCUGGAGAUAUGAGAAGAGCCCUCGAUGUAUUUGAUAUGAUGAGGCGAAGUGGUUGCAUCCCUACUGUACACACUUUCAAUGCAGUGAUUCUUGGCCUUGUCGAGAAGCGUCAGAUGGAAAAGGCUGUUGAAAUACUGGAUGAGAUGAUGUUGGCAGGCAUAAGUCCAAAUGAGCAUACCUACACGACAAUCAUGCAAGGCUAUGCAUCAUUAGGUGAUACUGGAAAGGCAUUCGAGUAUUUUACUAAAUUGAGAAAUGAGGGUCUGGAGCUUGAUGUGUUCACAUAUGAGGCAUUACUGAAGGCGUGCUGCAAGGCAGGCAGGAUGCAAAGUGCACUAGCUGUCACCAAAGAAAUGAACGCUCAAAAGAUUCCACGUAACACCUUUGUCUAUAACAUACUGAUUGACGGAUGGGCUCGGAGAGGUGACUUGUGGGAGGCUGCUGAUUUGAUGCAGCAAAUGAAAAAAGAGGGGGUUCAACCUGAUAUCCGUACUUAUACAUCCUUCAUAAAUGCUUGCUGCAAGGCUGGAGACAUGCUGAGAGCAACAAAAACGAUCAAAGAAAUGAAAGCUGUUGGAGUGAAACCGAAUGUUAAAACCUACACCACAUUGAUACAUGGGUGGGCACGCGCUUCUCUUCCCGAGAAGGCUUUGAAAUCCUUUGAAGAGAUGAAGUUGGCAGGUUUAGAGCCAGACAAGGCUGUAUAUCAUUGCUUGAUGACUUCUUUGCUAUCUAGGGCAACUGUUGCUGAGGCAUACAUCUACUCCGGAGUGCUGUCAAUUUGUAGAGAGAUGGUAGAGUCUGGCUUGGUUGUGGAUAUGGGGACUGCAGUGCAUUGGUCCAAGUGCUUACGCAAGAUUGAGAGGACAGGCGGAGAGCUAACAGAAGCUUUGCAGAAGACUUUCCCUCCAGAUUGGAGCUCAUUUUAUAAUCUUGAUGCUCAUUCUGAUGGAGACACUGAUGAUGAGUACAAUGUUGGCAGCGAUGAUUAUAAUUAUAUGUAUUAUGCUAGAGAGACUGACCAUGAUGAUGAUGAUCACGAUGAUGAUGAUCACGAUGAUGAUGAAGAUUUGAGCCAUAGAUUUUGUUUCUAAUUAGCAUACGUGUAAGAGAGUUGCUGCGCUGGAAACAUCAGUUGAUGAGUUGAUUUGAGAUAGCAUUGGCUGGAUGAAUUGCUUGCUUGCCUGGAAAAUCAAGAGGAAUCUGUAACUUAUUGUUCAUGACCUCCAUUUUAGAGGAACUAGAGGAUCGGAGAAGUAAAAUUAUUCAUUGUAUAACUGUUAUAAUGAAAGUAAGAAUUUUCUGACCUUCCAAACACAGAAUUGCUUGGAGGCAUUGGCACUUUGUGGGGAAUGAUUCUGAUGUUUUAUUGUGGAGGAGAAUUCCUUUCUAGUCUGUAAACAACUAGAUGCUAGCCUUACUAAUUUUUACAUUGGUUAUGAUUUUGGUUCCUAAUUUAUUUGGUGAUUAUA